AUGACUACUUGGAAAGCUAAAUAAAUUUUAAGUUUUGGUUAUUAUUUUGAGGAGAAAAUAAAAUAAGGAAUAUGGCAAGAAGCUAUUGAUAAUUAUUGGAGGUAAUGAAUAAUUUAAUUUUAAAAGUAAAGCUGAAAUCUCAUAUAUUGGAGUUUAUUAAAACAAUAUGAAAAGGGGAUUUUGGAAAAUAAUGCUAGGAAAGAAAUAAAUGUAUUUUAAAUAAUAUUUCAAAGAGGUGGAGGAUAAUAUAAGGAAUGA